AGCCGAUAUUGCGGCCAUUCAGUGUGAAGUUUCGAAUUAUUUCGUGAAGACUGAAAAAACUUUGUUUAUUUCAAUUUCAAUAUGGGCAAACCUAUUAUUUACGGAGUGGAUGGAAGUCCUGCGGUUCGGGCAGUGUUACUUACAGCUCACGCGAUCGGUUUGGACUAUGAACUACAUGAAAUCGACCCUCACAAAAAUGAAACUAAAACAGAAGAAUUUUUGAAAAAGAACCCCCAACACACCAUCCCCACCCUUGAAGAUGAUGGCAAAUGCAUUUGGGAUAGUCAUGCGAUCAUUACAUAUCUGGCCAGCAAGUACGCAAAGGACGACUCCUUGUAUCCUAAGGAUUUAUAUAAACGCGCAGUAGUAGACCAGAGGCUUCAUUUUGAAAGCAGUGUUUUGGGUCCUCGAAUGUUUGCUUUUGGGGCCUCCUGGAGAAGCAAUGAUCCACAGGCAAAAGAGGACGCUAAAACCGGCAUACUCGGAGCUUACGAUUUCCUUGAAAAAUUCAUCGGUAGCAACCAAUACCUCGCUGGAGACUCCCUCACUGUUGCGGAUUUUUCAAUUUUAGCUAACUUCUCAACUUUGGUCAACUUCAUACCUGCAGAUCUAGAACGAUUUCCAGGACUUUGUAACUGGUUUAGCCGGUUAAGUAAGCUUCCUUACUACCAGAAAGCAAACGGCGAAGGACUGCAGAAAGUGAUUGAGAUGACUAAGCAAAUGGUCGCUGAAAAAACACAAAACGCUCCUUAAAUUAUGGGCAAUGACUUUGUGGAGGGUAUUUUUAAUGGAAUGUAAUAAAAUUAUAUAAAAUUA